AUGUCGACUGCUGAUGCAGUGAGUUCUGAGAGGCCUGCGCCCCCGCAUACCAUCUUUGAUAGAUCCCAGAAGCGUUUGUUAGCCGCACUUGUGUCCACCGCUGCUACAUUCUCAACGCUGGCAUCAAAUAUUUAUUUCCCUGCGGUGCCCUCCAUUGCCCAGGGUUUGAAUGUCUCUGUUGAGCUCGUCAACCUUUCGAUUACCGCCUAUCUUAUCUUCCAAGGCAUAGCGCCUAGUCUCUGGGGACCGAUUUCAGACGUUAAAGGUCGCCGAACAGCAUACAUCGGUACCCUCUUCGUAGCAGUCUGUGCAUGUAUCGGCCUCGCAGAGACCAGGAACUAUGCCAUGCUUGUCGUUUUCCGAUGCUUGCAAAGUACUGGAUCUGCUAGUACGGUUGCUAUUGGAUCAGGCGUGAUUGGGGACUUUACUACCCGAGAAGAUCGUGGGGGGUUCAUGGGAUUCUUUCAAGGAAUGAUGUUAAUUUCCAUUGCCAUUGGGCCUGUUAUAGGGGGGGCACUUGCAGGGUCGCUUGGAUGGAGAACUAUAUUCUGGUUUCUCUCUGUUUACAGCGGAGUAUUGCUUACCAUGAUCGCUCUCUUUCUUCCUGAGACGUUGAGGUCUAUUGUGGGAAAUGGUGCUCAGCUUCCCUCGUCAAGGAUCGGAAGUUAUCCCCUUACACUCUACCAGCGCUUCACCAAAACAAAUUGGAGCGAAACUGCAGCAUAUAACCAGCUGGCCCCCAAGAAACGAACUGACCUUCUAGGACCCAUCCGCAUCUUGAUCAGCAAACAAGCAGCUCCGCUGGUACUUUUCUUUGCUGUAUACUUCGCCGUCUGGCAAAUGACGAUCACGGCUAUGGCAACCCUCUUCAAGGAACAUUAUGGUUUGACAGAAAUUCAAUCCGGAUUAACCUUCAUCGCCAAUGGUGCAGGAUCUAUGAUUGGAACCCUCAUCACAGGUAGGAUCCUCGACAAGGAUUAUCGCCGUAUCAAAGAACGACAUCUCGCAGAAACAACACCCUCAGGAGAAGAGAAGGUUUUUCCACUUGAACGAGCCCGUCUUCGUCUGGUUCCUAUCUUUGCUGGUCUACAAUGUCUCUCAGUCAUGCUAUUCGGCUGGACUGUUCAAUAUUCGUCCCAUGUCCACAUCUCCAUUCCCAUUAUCUCAUCGUUUAUAACUGGAUGGACAGCUGUAUCCAACCAAUCGAUAGUGACAACCUAUCUAGUGGAUGUAUUCUAUGAUAGUAGUGCUGCUGCAAGCGCAAGUUUGAAUAUGGCACGUUGUUGCCUGGCUGCUGGGGGCUCGAGUUUUGUCAUACCCAUGGUGAAUGGUGUCGGAUGCGGAGUGGCUUUCACAAUAUGUGUUGCAGCGCAGAUUUGUGCGACUGCUGGCCUAGUGAUACAAUGGAGGUAUGGUGGUUCCUGGAGGAAUGAGAUGGAGAAGAUGUUGAGUCGGUGA